UCUGGCUGGGGUUUGCUCUUUGCGUGUUUGUCCUGCUCUCUUCCUCUCUUCCUUUACUUUUGAGAAACCACGUUUCCGUUUCUGGCCAAAGAGCCCUUGGAAGCAGCUGAGGAGAUGAAGGUGUAGGGAAGAGGCGCUCUUGCCUGCACCCUCCCCCCUCCUUCCCUGCGGGACUUUUUUCUUUUUUUUCCUGCUGCUCUCCUUUGAGGCUUCCUCUCUGACCUGCGGGAGGAGGCUGAGCCCCUGGGAGAUGCUUUAAGAGACGGUGCCUGGCGAGCCCUGAGCUACGGAGGACUCCACUGGUGCGGGCAGGCUCAGCUGGAAGAGCCCCACCCUAACCAGGCCUGUCUGUGUGCGACUGUUUCCCGCCAGGUCACAGCAGGAAGAUGGGCUCCUGUGGACAGCAGCUUGCUCUGGGAUGCUGCCUGCUGUUGGCCAUUGCCUGCGGCCCCGUGCUGAGCCAUGUGCCACGUGAUCAGCAGGACCAGCUGGAGCAGGAGGAGACCCAGGAGCGGCCGUCCUCACUGGACCGCGCUGAGAGGAAUGAAGAAAACCAUGAAAAAUAUAGCCCCCGCCAGGGUGAGGAGCCCCCUACUUCCCGAUGCUACCGCUGCUGUGACCCCAGUACCCCGGUGUACCAGGCGAUCCCAGCACCCCAGAUCAACAUCACUAUCCUGAAAGGUGAGAAGGGCGACCGGGGGGAUCGAGGCCUCCAAGGGAAGUAUGGCAAAACAGGCUCCGUGGGGGCCAGGGGCCACAUCGGCCCCAAAGGACAGAAGGGAUCUAUGGGGGCUCCUGGAGACCGUUGCAAGACCUACUACGCGGCCUUCUCCGUGGGUCGGAAGAAGCCCCUGCACAGCAACGACUACUUCCAGACGGUGGUCUUCGACACGGAGUUUGUGAACCUCUACCAGCACUUUAGCAUGUUCACUGGCAAGUUCUACUGCUCCGUGCCCGGCAUCUACUUCUUCAGCCUCAAUGUGCACACGUGGAACCAGAAGGAGACGUACCUGCACGUCAUGAAGAACGAGGAGGAGAUGGCGAUCCUGUACGCCCAGGUGAGCGACCGCAGCAUCAUGCAGAGCCAGAGCCUGAUGCUGGAGCUGCGGGAGCAGGACGAGGUGUGGCUGCGGCUCUUCAAGGGCGAGCGCGAGAACGCCAUUUUCAGCGACGAGUUCGACACCUACAUCACCUUCAGUGGCUACCUGGUGAAGCAUGCCGCUGACCCCUAGCGGGCCGGCUGUCCCUGCGGCUCUGCCGCAGACCGAGUGACCUCCUGGCUUCUCUCUCCUGCCUGUCCCUGUACCCUGAGGACCCUGGGGAUCUGCCCCGGGCUGACCCCGUUGCCUCUUGCCCCUGCAGUCUUGGCUUUGGCAUUCACAAGACGCCCUUGGCCGCUGGGAAGCCCAGAGGGCCAUGGUCCCAGACCUGGCUGCCUCUGUAUAGAGAGCUUCCGGCCAAUGAACUCAUCGGGGCGGGUGCCUGCAAGGAUCCUGGGGCUCUCCAUCCUCCUUCUGUGUACGCAGCCUUAGACGACCCUGUUGUGCAUUCUCUGCCAGCGGGAGGGCGUCUCGGAGCUCAGUGCCCCUGCGCCCUUUCUGGGACCUAACUAAACAAAUGCUAAGGGAAAAAGUUAACCAGGGGGGAAAGAUGAGAAAGCAGUGUUAUUUUUGCUUUUGCAGCCAGAUGGAAGAGGGAGAGUUGUUUUCACUGGAGGGGCAGAAACCCUGGAUAGGAAGAGAUCCAAAGAGAGGCAUGGGUGGCCAGGGAGGGACUGUGGUUGAGGAGGGCUCCGCCUCUGGCUUAAUUCUGCCAGGCCAUGCAUGAACCUUCUUUGAGACCGAAGACUGUGGCCUUGCCUAGGGUCUUCCUGAGCCACAACAGUGAAAGGGUCAGGGUUGGGGCAGUGAAUGUCAGCUCCCAAGAGGGACAGCCACACCCUCUGUAGUUGACCUUGACUCUGGGCUGAUGAGAGCAGCCCGCUCUCUCCAGUUCAUAGCCUCCUGACAGUGGCUGGGGACCUCAGGGACUCUGAGACUUACAGGUGUCUCUGUAAGACACAAAGCUCCAAGUAUAUUUGGAUAUCUCUCCACUCUGCUCCAUUCUGCCAGGCUGCUAUGGAACCCCAGUGGGACCUCCAUGCCUGCCGUUUUGGCAUUGGCUUCCUGUCCGUUCUUCCAGAUGGCUCAGGCACAAAAGGCCCUAGGUCUUUGAUGGGGCUUCUCUCAGUCCACUUCUUACCACUUCCUGUUUCCUCCCUGGUUGGGUGCAGGGUCUGAGCUAGUUCGUAGAGAAGCAGACAGAACCAGCCAGCCCUGACCACGACCCUCAUCCAGCCUUAAACCAGCCAUGCUGUGUGGGAGGAGCUUUCCCUGGGCCCCGAGCCGGGAGAGCUGGAAGCAGAUGGAGAGUCCCUCUUGCCGCUUUCUGGGGCUCCUGUUGAGUCAGUCCUGAUUAGGAAAGGAAACACAGGAAUGCAUGCCAUCACUGGGCACCUGCUCACCCAGCAGAGGAUAGAGGCUGAAGAGGCGGGAGGCUACUAUGGGCCUUCUGGGAUUGCUGGGCGCCAGGCGACGCCUCCGCAGUGACCCAUCUGGCCGACUUUAGUCCUGCCUGCAGCAGCCUCAGCCCAGCCCCUGGCCUGGGGGUCCGUCGCUCUGCUCUCGAUGAACUUGCCAGUGUUUCCCCAUCUCACUCCAUGUCCAUCCCACUCGCUACCUGCUUUGUGCCAGUCGGGGCCUUUCUUGGUCAUCUUUGUUUCCACUCCUUCCUCCUGGGACCUGGCUGCUGGGGCAUAGGGUCCACAUGUGCCCCCUUGUAAAGAACUUCUGCUGGUCAGACUCCACAAGCCGCGUUUCCGUGGGCGCACCUGCAGCAGAGGGCUGCUCACCACCGCCUGGGCUCUGCAGAGCUCUCUCCAGGGAAAUUAAAGUUGAUCACGUGAUUUUCAGCA